AUGUCGGUAAAUAAUAAACCAUUCGCUGAGGAUUUUUCACCUCGCAACUAUCAGGUGCAGAUGAAAAAUGUAUGCCUCAACCAGAACACGAUUGUCUAUCUGCCUACCGGUUCUGGUAAAACGUUUAUUGCUUUAAUGGUGAUGAAGGAGCUAAGCUAUCAGUUGCAGAAUGUGAUAGACCACGGAGGAAAGCGAAUGUUUUUUCUUGCGAAUACCGUUGCGCUCGCGAAGCAACAAGCGCAUUUUUUCUCACAACAUAUGCCCUUCUCCGUGAGGCUAUACACAAGUGAGAUUAAUGUGGAUACAUGGAAAAGCGAUAGAUGGCUCAAGGAGUUAAGCGAAGUGCAGGUAUUGGUUUGUACCAGUCAAAUCCUGCUGGAUGUACUGCAUCACGGCUAUAUCACUCCGUCUAACAUAAAUUUGAUCGUGUUUGACGAAUGCCACCGUGCGGUUGGCCAGCAUCCGAUGCACGCAAUAAUGAAGGAAAUUAUAGCUGUACCGAAAACCGAGCGGCCGCGCAUCAUUGGCCUCUCGGGUACCCUACUAUUUAAGGAACUGAAAUUGGCAUCCCAGGUGACGGAUGAAUUAGAGCGGCUAGAAAAUACGUUCAGCUCCACUAUUGCCACGGUAACCAGCUACGACGAAUACUCGAACGUGGCCGCGGUCUCUACUUGCGCACAGGAAGCGGUCUGCCCGUAUUUUGCCAGCAGCGUUGCGACUUCACCGAUUGUGCAGCAAAUAAUCGCCAAAAUGAAAGAAUUCUCAGAGGACUUGGCCAUUGUACACCUGCCGGAGUAUAAAACACAGUGUGCCAAAACACUGCAGCAGAGCUUAUCGAAACCAUUGAAGGAAGUGAAUAAGGCACUAACGGAGUUCACGUAUCAAAUGAUGGAGCUUGGCAUUUACGCGGGUUCGUUAGCCAUUCUGGCUGCAAUUGUUCAAUUGGAGAUCGCCAAACGUUCAGCGUCGUGUGAUAAGGGUCGCCAAGUGUUUCGAGGGGCGAUAACAUUUUGUGAAUGGAUUCGUCACGUGUUGGUCGACGCGAUGGCUGGCUUCAGCGAAAAGGAAAAAAUUUUGAAUUUUUCUACCGAUCGGAUGCUAAAGUUGCUCAAGUAUCUUGAAGACUCAUACAGCAAGAUUCAAGAUCAAGAAAAACAGGCACUUAUAUUCGUGGAGCGACGCUUUUCCGCUAAGGUGUUGUACCAUCUGAUAAAAAUAUACUUUCAAUGCCAGUUGGAACCCGAUGAAUUAACGGAACCCAUCGUUAAGCCGGACUUUGUCGUCGGUAUAAAUAGGCGGUUAGUCGAAACUAUAGAUGAUAUCUUGAUUGUACAGCAAGAACGGAGGGUCCUUGAUCGAUUCCGAAAACAUAAAAUCAACGUGAUGUGUGCUACCAAUGUAAUCGAGGAGGGAAUCGAUCUUCAGAUGUGCAACAUGGUAAUCAUGUUCGAUCCGCCAAAGUCGUACGUUUCGUACAUGCAAUCGAAGGGCCGGGCGCGGUCGAAAACGAGCACAUAUUUGAUGAUGAUGCCGAACGAGGAUCGAGUUAAGUUCUUAACCCGCCUAAAGCUAUACCGUGCAAUAGACGAUGUGUUAAAAAAGGAAUUGAUAGGAAAAACAAUCAACCGACCCGAACCACUGGAAAAGGACGUACAGAAUGAGCUGCUAAAUGACAUCAUUCCACCCUUCUUCACACCGCUAAACGCCAAGCUGGAUGCUGUGGGCUCAAUCCAGUUGCUCAAUAGAUAUUGCAUGAGCAUGCCGCGAGAUCUGUUCACAGAUUCGAAUGUCACAUGGAACCGGAUCAGCUCGUCAGAUCAAAAGCACCAGGUAUCGAUUAAACUGCCGAUGCAGUCGACGGUUCGCGAAACGGUGUAUGGAGUGCCCUUCCAAAACAUGAAACUUGCUAAACAGUCCGCUGCGUUUAAUGCUUGCAAGCUUCUGUACGAAGCCGGUGAGCUGAGCAUGCAUCUGCUGCCGGUGACAAAGAAUGAUAAAGUGGAAGAACUCAGCGAGCAAUACUUCAAACAUUGGCGCAAGUUGUCAAAUGAACCGAACCCUAAGUUAGCGGGCACAAUGAAGAAUGUGCGAGGAUACAAAGUUUGCUAUCCGAAGGAGACCAUGGGCUGCACGCCGCAAGCGGAUGGUGUGGACUGCUAUGUGUACGUUAUACGCGUCCGGGCGCAGUUUGACGCCACCAUACACAUUGAUAACGCGCGGAUUUUCAGUGAACUCUACAGUAGCUCCAGUAAUUUUGGCAUACUGACGUGCAAAGAAUUGCCUCCGCUGGCACGGAUGAAAUUCUUCGUCACUCUCGGCAUGAUCGGUGUGGACGUGAUGCGCGAACCGAUUCGUGUGACGUUGCCACCCGAUUCUGGUCAGCUACGGCAGUUGAAACGUUUUCAUAUGCUACUGUUUCGCGAUCUGCUGAAGGUGUGGAAACCAUUCACCGUACUCGAUGCUGCACCGGAGGAGAAUGGAAUGCUUAUCGUGCCCCUGCUGCACUCGAAGGAGAUCGACUGGGCUCUAAUAAAUCGGUUCCCGUACUUGCGACCGGCGGAAGAGGCUAGUACCCGCGUCCGCCAGCAGAUGCAAUUCGACGCCAACCGGUAUCAGUAUUGCGUCGUGCAUCCUUGGUAUAAAAACGAUCCAAACCAGUACUACGUUGUGGUGCGUGUGCACGAGGAUCUGCGACCGACGAGCCCGUUCCCAAAUGCGAAGUAUGCUUCUUUUGAGCAGUAUUUCCAGACCGAACAUCACCAGGUGAUCAUGCGCCGAGACGAUCAGUUCCUGAUCGAAGUGAAGGGAAUCCCCGCGAGCCUGAACCGGUUGCACCCUGGUGGCGAAGCAGAUGGUGGUGCCACGACGCGUUCGAGGUACUGGGAAUUCCAGGAAAUUCUCAUCCCUGAGCUUGUGCACAAUUUCGAAUUUCCAGCAGACUACUGGCUGAAAGCGACGCUCCUGCCGAGCAUUUUGCACCGCGUACACUAUCUAUUGCUGGCGGAGAACAUACGGAUGGAUCUUGCUGUCAACGCACGGAUCGGGUUGGUAAAGUGCGACCAGGUGGCAGAGUUGCAGGUUGAUCAACUACUGUCGCCCGCAUCGCAUAAAUUAUUGCCCCCUGGUCAAGAUCUGUACGACGACAAUGAUGAUGAGGAUGACAGCGACGAAAUGGAUAGUGACGAUCCUGGAAAUGGACGGGAACCAAAUCAUCUUGGUGGGAUGCAGCUGCAAAACGUGCUCGAGAAGAUACACACGGAAUCUUCGGCUAUAGUAGAUCAGAUCACGUACCCGUGGGAAGAGAGAGAGCAACCGCUCGAUUACGAUCGCAACUGGGAUAAGGUAGCGAAGAUCGAUCUCGAUUACUACUGCAGCUUUAUCACCAAGUACAGCGAGCAGGCUAGUGUGAUUGCUAGCGAUAACAGCCGUGCGGUAACCGAGAGCAAUCUCGACUGUGUGCUGGCGGAGCUCGAUAUCAGUGGUGAUGACGCAAAGGAUAAGAGCGACGACGAAACCCGGCUGUAUCAACGGGCGGCGAUCGAGGACGGUAUGGGAAGGCCGGGCGAGAUACACAUGCUGAAGCUGACGCCGGAAAAUACGGCUAACGUGUGUUUGCAGCAGGCAGACUUGCUUCAAGCUCUUACCACUAAAUCCUCCGGCGAUGUAUACAACCUGGAACGGUUCGAGGUGUUGGGUGACGCAUUCCUGAAGUUCGCCGUUUCGGUGUAUGUGCUAUUCAAGCAUCCGAGCUGGCACGAAGGCUACCUGACCAGCUGCAAAGGGCGCAUGGUGAGUAACCGCAACUUGUUGUACUGCGCCAUGAGCUACGGGCUACCCGGUAAGAUUAAGGCACACACAUUCGAUCCGAAGAACGACUGGGUGCCGCCUCUGUCCAUUGUUCCGGCACCUAUUGGCAGGGCGAUGGUCGAAGCGAAGGAGUCACCGGCGCUGCUCUUCAAGCUGGAACUCUCCGAAGAGGAAAUCCAAUCAGGCAUGGUGUCGCAGGCCACCAUCGACAAGUUUCUGCCGCUCAUCGAAAAGAACGAAACGGCAUCCCGCUCCACCCUGCAGAGUGUCCUGCAGCAGGUGCAAAUCGCAGACAAAGUGGUGGCGGACGCAACCGAAGCCUUGAUAGGCGUGUGCGUGAAGACAGUCGGGUACGAGCGAUCGUUCCGGUUCCUGACCCAUCUCAGUGUGCUGCCAAAAGGCGUCGACGUGCCGUUGAUGUUGCGCACGAGUCAGUUUUCAGUGGCCGAUUACUUCCAGUUCCGGACAGAAAUAGACCGAUUGUUGUGCAAUCCGAAUCGGAUCGAGAAAUUGUUGGGGUACAACUUUCGAAACCGCACCUUACUGCUGCAGGCGUUCACGCACGCGUCCUACAUGUCGCACAGCAUCACCAGCUCGUAUCAGCAGCUGGAAUUCCUUGGGGACGCCGUGCUCGACUUUCUUGUCACGAUGUACAUCUAUGAGCGCAAUCCGAACAUGUCACCCGGUCAGCUGACAGAUCUCCGUUCGGCUUUGGUGAACAACGUCAAUCUCGCGUGCGUGCUUGUACGUAACGGGUUGCAUCGCUUCAUCCUGUCCCAGUCGCCAACGCUGACCGACACGAUCGGCAAGUUCGUGGAGGUGCAGUCCCGCAAAAGCAACAAGAUCGGUGACUGGGUGCGUUUGCUGACCACCGAGUCCGACACGCCGAUGGUGGAAUACGUGGACGUACCGAAGGUGUUGGGCGACGUGUUCGAGUCCCUGAUCGGGGCCAUAUAUCUCGACAGCGGUCGCGAUCUACUCGUAACGUGGCAGGUAUGCUAUCGGCUGCUGCGCAACGAAAUCACGAACUUCUCAAUCGACACACCGAUCCAGGUCGUACGCCAGUUGUACGAGCAUCCGGAGGCUGAGCCGCACUUUAGCGCACCGUACGUUGAAGAUGACGUUGUGAUCGUGAAGCUUAGCUACACGCACCGCUGCCAGCGGCAGGUUGUGUACGGCUGUGGCCAGAACAAGGAGGAUGCUCGCCGGGCAGCCGCCAAAACGGCCCUCAGCAAGCUCAAGCAAUCGUAAACCACAACCAUGCCGCGGUGCGAAGCUCUCUUGAUAAUAAGUUAGACUGCUGUUAAAUAAGAUCUACAUCGCUAGAUUUGCCUUCCAUAUAUUUAUGCGUUAGCAUCGAUAAGCAAGCAUACCUUGCCUCUAUAGUCGUGUUUUUUAUGCGACUAUCAGUUGAUUGUCGUCGACUCGUUGGUGAUGAAACGCGACAAUUUUUGCGUUUAUUACAAGUGACCGUCAAUUGCAAUUGAUGU